AUGUCCCAGCUCACCGACAAAGAACUCGCUCUCCUCAAGGAAACCGUCCUCCACGCCCAGACCUUUGCGUACUGCCCCUACUCCAAGUUCCGCGUCGGCUGCGCCCUCCUCGCCCAGUCGGGCAAGGUCUACACAGGCUGCAACGUCGAGAACGCAGCCUACCCGGCCGGCAUCUGCGCCGAGCGUACCGCCAUCACCAAGGCCGUCAGCGAGGGCGACACCGCCUUUAAGGCCAUCGCCGUCAUCACCGACUCGCCCUCCUGCUCCUCCCCCUGCGGCGUGUGCAGACAGGUCAUCCGCGAGUUUGCCGGUGCCAACACCGCUGUCGACCCGGUCUCGGGCAACCCGCUGCGUCUCCAGCUCCCGGUCAUCAUGUUCAACAACACCGCCUCCAAAAGCCUUGUGCGGACGAUCGACCAACUUCUCCCGCACAGCUUUGGGCCGGAAGACCUCUCCGACGCCGCCGCCGUCUAA